ACGUGGUCGCAUUGCGCGCUGAUGUAAAUAUCCAAGUGUCCUUAUUAUCUGUCAGAGAACUGUGCCGUGGACAGUCAAGCCUCGGCAGCAGCAGCGGUGGAGCGACCUGCAGCCAGUCACACGGGGCACAUUACGCACAUCUCGUCCCGCAGCAUAUGGAGAAGCAGCCGCUGGAACUUUCUCCUUGGAUGACCUCCACGAUCCUGUGACCGUGGCUUGAGAACUGACUGACACCUGUUGUUAAGAGGACGACCUGAAAACACCACUGGUUAAGUCUAAGCCCCUGUUUUUGCAGGCUGCAGGGCGAGUUGGGGACACGUCUUUACGUCGUUUGGCUGCGUGAGUAGUGGCGAGGCGCAGACUGGACAGCGAGUUGUUGACAGCUGAAAAUUGCACUGACAACCAUUCAAGCUUAUAUGAAUUAAGUUUUCUAUAUUGCUGGCGUUCACAUGAUGUACACAAUCACCAGAGGUCCCAGUAAACUUGUUACACAACGAAGGACAGGUCCUACUCAACAGAUCGAGAGCAAGUUCAGCGACUUGAAACUUAAGCCCACGUCUUGGUUGACCUCAAACUCUCCUCCUCCAAAGAUCGUGUUUCAUCGCAUCAAUGGGAAGCGUUACAAUGGAGCAGCUCCACACACCAGUCCGUCCGAAAGCUUCACGCCUGCACACGAGGAGAAUGUCAAAUUUGUAUUUGAAGCGUGGCAAGAAGUGGAGCAAAAACUUGAAACCAGUGCUGACGUGACAGACAGCAAAGGCCCUGUCCAGUAUGCCGAGAAGACCCCAAGUGCUGCAAUGAAGAAUUUUGUGCCCAUUGACCUAGAGGAGUGGUGGGCCCAGCGCUUCCUGGCUAACAUUGCUAACCUAUCCUGAUUGCACAUGAGCACUGUGCAGCGAAGGUGGUCCCAAGCUAAAGCUACAGCGGGUGGUCUUCAUCACAGACAGACGGCGUCUAUGGAUGAAUGUAGAAGCCUAAUGUAGUGAAGAUACAGAGGAGACAGGGCCAGCAGCACAUACUGCCUCUCCACUGAACUGAUCUGAAGUACUGCCAUGCAUUACUCUCACUUGAAUGAUGUACUAACAUGCCUCCUGUUUCAGCUGUUUGCAUUUCUUUGCUGAUCUUUAGAUAAAUAUUUUGAAAAGCAAAAAAGUAAAAGUGUUUUUCAAGA